CGCAGGCGCCGUCGAGGGACGACCGUUCAAUACUUCAAUACACUCUCUGGCACUGAUCGGAGCGGCCUCUAGAUCGGAUUUGUCGGGCCUUGCUCGUUCUGCCGAGAGCAUGACAUCAUCCAGGGAGGCCGGUCCGCUCGCACGAUAUCCUGAUCCUUCGUGCAGUGCGCAAGCAUAUGCUCUGACCGGGAGAUUAUCGGCCAGCCCAAGCGAAACACCCGCCCGGAAAUACCGCCGCUUAUUGCACUGGGAGGGUAGUCGACGGCGAGUGUUACGCGAUCGUUGAAGAGAGCGGACGUCGGGUGUCGAGCGCUUCUCGGGGGAGGUCAAACAACGGAAAAUGUUUACAGUGGACUUUGGCUGUUGCUGUUUCCACCCUCGGCGUUCCAUGCGGGUUUCGAAUCUCGUUUCCCUCAUAUCUCCCCAACAUUUGUUGGAACUGUCAAAGCAAUCAGUUGCUAUUUCGGUCAUCGGCAACCGGACGAGGUGACUUCGGUGUGACAGUGACGCUCCUCCAAUGGCCAUUCGAGCGCGGAGUAACUUCCAGCCACAAGGCGCGCUAACUGGCAUCUCGAGCACAAGUCGGGGCAAACGAGACGAAGCACAAGGAAGACAUGGAAUCAGCUCCGGUAUGACCCGUCCAGGCCCCCACAGUUGAUAAAGUUAUGGCCUGCAGCUCGGGGAUCUUUCGAACUGCUUCGAACAGAAAGGGAACCCGACAAAUCGCGCUGACGGGUGAUAUGCGAUCGGACGGACCAGCCGAGCACAUGGACGAACCGGAGAGUUGCCGCUCAUUUGCGAUUUCACUGCGCAAUUCACAUCUUCUGCGAAGGAACGUCUGGGUUAUAGCAACAGCAGUUGAUGCAUCACCACAUCCGUUGUGUGAUGGGCGCUGAAGCGAGUAGGCCGGAUAACGCCCGGACGCUUCGGCAUGACCGCUUUGGUAGUGUGCAAUGGGGCGGGCGCGGGACGGAAUAUGUUUGCAUAGAAAUGACAGCAUGGAAAGUCGUAAGGCGAUCAUUCGAGCCCUGCAUGUCCACAAGAAUAGCCGUUCCGGACGCAUCAACGCUUUGCCGAGAUGUUGAUUCGUGUUUGGCAGCCGAUACUGACCGAUGGGAAUAAAACCAAACAGGAUUCCUUGUGGUGACUGAUCCUUCAGCUCCCCUCCCCCCUCAUCUUCUCCCAUGUCCGACUCUGAAAAGGUCCCCGGCGGCGAGCCUUCGCCAGCCGAAUCCGCGCCUGCCAAGCGAGAGUACAAGGAGUUCGGCCAUGACGAAGUGAAGGCUACGCACGCCCUGGUAGACAUGAGCACCAUCGAGUUGAAGGCAGAGGAUCUCUACGACAAGGAGAAGGUCGACCUGGAGACGAUCGUCAUUGACGACGUCUUCAAGCUGUUGCAGUGCGACGAGAAUGGUCUGAGCCAGGACGAGGCUACCCGCCGUUUGGAGCUUUUCGGUCCCAACAAGCUCGAGUCGGAGGAGCAGAACCCUUUCCUGCAGUUCCUUUCUUUCAUGUGGAACCCGCUCUCCUGGGUGAUGGAAGCCGCCGCUUUGGUUGCCAUCGCUCUGUCCAACGGUCAAGGCCAGCCUCCCGACUGGCAGGAUUUCGUCGGUAUCGUCCUGCUACUCCUCAUCAACUCGUCCAUCGGUUUCUACGAAGAGCGUGGUGCGGGUAACGCGGUCAAGGCUCUCAUGGAUUCGCUCGCCCCCAAGGCCAAGUGCAAGCGUGGAGGUUCUUGGUCCGAAAUCGAGUCCGCCGACCUCGUCCCCGGUGACAUGGUUUCAUUCAAGAUUGGUGACAUCGUUCCCGCCGACUGCCGUCUCACCGAGGCCAUCAACGUGUCCAUCGACCAGGCCGCCUUGACUGGUGAAUCCCUGCCCCAGUCCAAGAAGCUCGGAGAUCAAUGUUUCUCGGGUUCCACUUGCAAGAACGGUGAAGCCGAGGGUGUGGUGAUCUCCACCGGUGCCAACACUUUCUUCGGUCGCGCUGCCUCCCUUGUCGGACAGGACGACGACACCACUGGUCACUUGCAGAAGAUUCUCGCCCAAAUUGGAUCGUUCUGUCUCGUUGUCAUUGGUAUCUUCGUCUUGGCGGAGAUCCUGGUUCUCUAUGCUGGAUUCCGUUACUCUUACCGUCGUGGUCUCAACAACAUCCUUGUGUUGCUCAUUGGUGGUAUCCCUAUCGCCAUGCCUACCGUGUUGUCUGUCACCCUGGCCGUCGGUGCGCAACAGCUUGCCAGCUACAAGGCCAUCGUCACCCGUAUCACUGCCAUCGAGGAACUUGCCGGCGUCACCAUUCUGUGUUCUGACAAGACUGGUACUUUGACCACCAACAAGCUCACCAUUGAUCGCCAGACCCUGGUUACUUACUCGUCUUUCUCUGCCGACGACGUUAUCCUUCUGGCUGCCUACGCGUCUCGCACUGAGAACCAGGAUGCCAUCGACACCUGUGUUGUUGCCUCUGUCGGUACUGAGCGCGCUCGGGCUGGGAUCAAGCUCUUGGACUUCAAGCCGUUCAACCCCGUUGACAAGCGUACCGAGAUCACCUACCGUGAGGAAGCGACUGGCAAGCUGAAGCGUGUCACCAAGGGCAUGACUGGCGCCAUCAUUGAGCUUUGCACCCGCAACAAGACUGAGGAGCUCGAGGCCAAGCUCGAGAAAGACGUCGAGGAGUUUGCUACCCGUGGACUGCGUUCUUUGGCUGUCGCCUUCGAGGAGCUUGAGAGCACCGACCACGAGGCUGAGGGUAACGGUUUCGAACUCAUCGGUCUUCUGGCCAUCUUUGAUCCUCCCCGUGAUGAUACCAAGCAGACCAUCGACGAUGCGAUGGCUCUCGGUGUGAAGGUCAAGAUGGUUACUGGUGAUCAGCUCGCUAUUGCUAAGGAAACUGGACGUCGUCUCGGUCUCGGUGAUCACAUGUACCCUGCCAAGGUUCUCAAGGACGGACCCACGCCCGGUGGCAAACACGCGACUCUGGAUGAGAUGAUCAUGGAUGCGGACGGUUUCGCUGGUGUCUUCCCCGAGCACAAGUACGAGAUUGUGAAGCGUCUCCAGGGUCUCGGCCACCUUUGCGCCAUGACCGGUGACGGUGCCAACGACGCUCCCGCUCUUUCCCGUGCCAACGUUGGUAUCGCUGUCGAGGGUGCCACUGACGCUGCUCGUGGUGCUGCCGACAUUGUGCUUACCGAGCCCGGUCUUUCCACCAUCGUGCACGCCAUCCGCGGCUCCCGUGUCAUCUUCCAGCGUAUGCGCAACUACUCGAUCUAUGCCUGCGCUGUGACGAUCCGUAUCGUGGUCUGCUUCGCCAUUCUGGCCUUUGCGUACAAGUUCGACUUCCCGCCGUUCAUGAUUCUGAUCAUCGCGCUUCUCAACGACGGAACGAUCAUGACCCUGUCUGUUGACCGUGUGCUGCCGAGCAACACUCCGGACUCUUGGGACUUGACCGAGAUUUUCUCGUACGCUGUGGCUUACGGAUUGUACCUGACCAUGUCCACUGUUGCGUUUGUGAUCAUCAUCCUCGAGACGACCUUCUUCCAGGACAAGUUCGGUGUCAGCCUUGAGACUUUCCCUGUGCAGCACAACGACCGUCAGCUGCACAUGGUUGUCUACCUGCAGGUGGCCAUCAUCUCGCAGGCGCUCAUCUUCGUCACUCGGUCGCACAGCUUCUUCUUCAUGGAGCGUCCGUCGACGGCUCUGUUCUGCGCGUUCUGCAUUGCCCAGCUGAUCUCGAGUAUCAUUGCGGUGUACGCCAACUGGGGCUUCACUCAGAUCCAGGGUGUCAGCGGUGGUUGGAUCGGUAUCGUGUGGAUCUGGGACAUCCUCUGGUUCGUGCCUCUGGACUGGAUCAAGUUCGCGAUGAAGGCGACCGUCAUCAAGCACCUGCGGGAGCGCCGCGAGGCUGCUGCUGCUGUUGUUGCCGCCUCCACCGACGGUGUUCCGAUGACGAGGACCCAGUCCCGUGCGGCGUCUCUCCACGAGAGCUUGUACUCCAACCGUGUCAGCUUCAUCAAGCGUGCUGCCCGCAAGGUUGGCUUUGGCCAGAAGCUGUCGAUCAAGCCCGAGGAGCUCCAGCGCUUCAGCUCGAUCCAGGCGCAGCGCACGGGUGCCACGCUUGCGCGCAACCCGUCGCGGACCCCGGCAUAGAUCCCGCCGACGAUCGUCCACAAUACACUCUAGACCUGCCCGUGACUUGUACAACAGACGUCCGAUAUACGACUGCUACCCUUCGCUUGACGAUGCGCUAUCCUCCUGCACCCUAUUUACCCAGCAUACCAUCAGCUUCAACCUCAUCCUUAUUCUGCCCAUCUUCUUUGCGAUGCCUCGCGCAUCGCUACCGUAAUAGUUUCUCAUUAAUAUGGAGGCUUGGUGUCGAUAGAUAGCAUGGUACGAUACGACUGACGACUAUGUUGACUCGCCAUAUUGCCUUUGAAUACAAAAUGAAUGUGAUGGAUGUAUUAAA